AUGGCACAGCUCUUGAUAUCUGUUGCAGAACAAGUUGGUGGAGAGCCAACUGGCAGUAGGAACAGUGUAUUUUUCUGCUGCGUGGAUGUCAUGGAGCACAUUAAAAUAACAGUGUCAACAGUGAAAGCAAUUAACCUGGUGCUGCCUGAGAAUGAGGUGCAUUUGGCCAGCUCCAGCAUAGAUGGCCAACUGGUUCUGAAUCUCAGGAGUACCCUGGUGGACCCUGUUGUGAAGGUGGAGCUCAAGGGAAGAGGAUUCCUGAGAUGUCUUGAGGAGGAUAAUCCUGAACUGGACUAUAACAAGAAUGGCUGGCUGGGUUCUAGGGUCCACACCUCUGACUUCCACUUCAGCUUUCCUCCAAGAAUUCCCUCCACGUUCACCAGCAAAAUUGGCUGCACCGCCUACUUUGUUCAAGGCACUUGCUGAAGCCACCAAUUUGUCUUGGCUAAAGAGGAGAGACGUUUACUGAUGCAAGGAACUGCAGGUGACCACAGAAGACGUGAAAGACAAAGUAAGAGAAUGAAGCUAUCUGAGUUGGAGACACACAGACCUGUGAUAGAAGUGGAAGCAGAGGAGAUGAAGAAACCUGGAGUAACUGACUCAUGGAACAAUGUAGGAUAA